GAACACGAUGUCGAUCGCUACAUACGAAGAGGUGCUUGAUUUGCCCAACCAUCCGGAGAAGCUGCUGGUCGAUGUGCGCAAUCCGGAUGAGCUGGCCGAGACGGGCCAAAUUCCUACCAGCAUCAAUAUUCCCUUGGAUAAUGUAAAGCAGGCAUUCGGUCCCGAAACUAGUGGGGAAGCGUUUGCGCAACAGUACGGUGUGGCCAAGCCGGGUUUCGAUCACUAUCUUAUCCUAUCAUGUCGCACGGGUCGUCGUAGCCAGAUGGCACUGGAAGCGAUUGCGGAGCUCGGUUAUCGAAAUGCUCGCAACUACAAGGGAUCCUGGACGGAAUGGGCCGCCAAGCAGGGAAAGUAAAGACAGU